CCUCUCUCUCUCUCUCUGAUCUCUGUAUGUAAAGCGAGAAAAAAAAUUUCCUGGAAACCACUUCAACCAUCAGUCCGUCACCGGAAAGCCUACCGUCCACAGGCAGAGCAACCAGCACCUGCUGGUUCUAUCUCCCUUUGCUCUCAUCAAUGGAGCUCUCCCACCCACCACCACCUGAUUUGUCCCUCCAGAUUAGCCCUCCUGAACCCAAAACCGCCUCCACAUGGAGGAAUGUUUCAAACCCAGAUGCUCAGGUGGGCUUCUGGUACCAGUCACUCGACCCCAAUCGGCUUAACCCCAUCAAACCAGAAGCCUUCUUCGACCUCUCCCUCGCCUGCCCCACGCUUCCGGAAUCCGGCGCCAUCCCGGCGAGAGUUUUCAAUGAUUCCAUGGAGCCCAGGGCUUAUCAUCACUACUCCGGCCAUCACUACGUUCACGACUAUAGGUUCAGGCCUAUAAGAGGUGUGCCCAUCUACAAUCCGCCCUCCUUUCCCUUCCUCCCCUCCGAGAGCUUCAAUCCGACCAUCCUGUCGGAUUCCUCCACUCCUCCGUAUCCAUGUCCGGCCGUUGGGACGUUCAGAUCGAGGAUCGCGGCGAGGUUCCCGGUGAAGCGCAGCCUGCGAGCGCCGCGGAUGCGGUGGACGAGCUCGCUCCACGCCCGUUUCGUCCACGCCGUGGAGCUCCUGGGAGGCCAUGAGAGAGCAACACCAAAAUCUGUUCUCGAGCUCAUGGAUGUGAAGGAUCUCACUCUAGCACAUGUGAAAAGCCAUUUGCAGAUGUAUAGAACAGUCAAGACUACUGACAAGCCUGCUGUAUCGUCAGGACAACAGGAAGGAUUUGAAACAGGCCAUGGUGGUGAGAUCUGUGAUGAGCUUCCACCAGGAAACGCGGCGUCAACGGCAGAUUACAUGAGUUCUAGCACAGCACAGGAUCCCCAUUUUCUGCAUCAAAGUUUAUGGAGCAACUCUUCUAGUAGGGGAGCUUGGGUGCACGGUGCAGGUUCAGUGGAUUCUCAGUCUAGCAUGCCUCCUUUAAAGGAAAAAAGCAGCAGUCCGGAGAGCUCUACCACUAUCUCUGGAGCAAACAACAAAAGCCCCAAUCUAGAGUUUACUUUGGGAAGACCUGACUGAUUCGUUUGGAAAAUGUUCAUUGAUUUCUAUGGUUUCUCUAUAAGGAAAUGAGAGGGAGAGAAGCAAGGUCCAGCACAACAGAGAAACGAACAAGAAAAGUCAUGAAGAGGGGAGAGAGAGAGAAAGAGAGAUGGUUUGCUAAUGCUAAUGAUGGGUUGAGGUUUAUGUAUGUGCAUGCCCAUUUGAAACUUAAUGGGCAUAAAAACAAGAAACAAAAAAAAAAAGGUUUGUGCUUUGAUUUUGUGAGAAUUUCCAUGCAAGCAUCGAAUGGAACGUGCAUGAGAUAUAAAGAAAAGGAAGAAAGACAAAGGAAAGAUCAGAUCAAACCGUCCCUUCAUGAUAAAGCGCCUCAAAAAGGCGUUCAUGCGUCCUACAUCUUUCUUCUUAUCCAUCGGAGCAGAAGCUUCGACCGUACCAGGGCAUGACCGCGCUGCUUGGACUUUACGAGCACAGAAAUCAUGCAUUGAAAGCAUUUGCCGUAUGUCGUCCUUAUAGAUGUUUGCUUUUUGGCUGUCAUUGGAGAGAUACAGGUGAUCUACACCUCUCUAUGGAUUUAAUGAUUUCAUUAUUUUAGACUUUCCUAUCUUUUUUUAAUCAUUAUGAUUUUUUUUGUUGACAUGUGAAUAUUAAGUUUGUAAGACCCACAAUUUUUUUUAAGUUUCCUUAAAACAUUUGGAACGUAAAUUGGGAAAGAAUCAAAUAAAAGAUCAAAUGAUUCCUAAUGAUAUUUCAAACUGUUAAGUUUAUCAUUUAAAGAUAAGGAUAAAGUUGUAACUGCAAAGGGGAAAACCAUUCUUUUACUGCACCAUUAGAGGAGUACGUCCAACAAAGAGAUUGAGAGAGUUUAAGACAAAGAAGGAGAAAGUGAGGAAGAGACCUUUGUUUCUGCGAUUGGUGGCUGCUGGGAAGGAACCGAAAGCACAAGAAGGCUGUGGUUGGAAGUUUAUCUCGGAUUGAUAGGUAUGAUAAUUUUCAGUCAUGAUUGUAGCAUGAAGCCCGUAUAUUUUCAGUUCUUAUAGAUACGUACGUAUGCAUGUGAAUCUAUGUAUCUAUACCCCUAAAAAGAAAUAGACGUGUGAUGCGUUCUAUUUUGGAACGAUAUUUGGUGCUCUUCGUCCUAGUAUCUUUGAUUUUCUAGAUUUAAAGCAAGCUGGAUACUGAUUUGAGGUGUGAGGCGUGUUCGUCCAUGAUGGGUAGUGAAAUUCUUUGGUGUUUAUGUUAAGUUGUUCCUCCUCGUUUUCUUUAUUUAUUCCAUCGGUGAGAAACCAGUCUAGAAUCAACACUAAAACAGAGCAUGCAUAUAUUAGAUUAGGGUUGCAUUAUAACAUUUCAAACAAAAUACAAAAAAAAAAAAAGGAAUGCAACACCUUGUCGACAGAGGGCAUGGGCUGCUCUGCUCGACUUAGGGUAAAACCCAAGAGAGUAAGGAAAUACAGAAGGUUUUAACGAACUAGUAGAGGCAAUCGCCCGCCCGAUUGGAAACCAGUCGUCUUCCUCAUGCAGGUAGCAGAGAGGCGACUUGGGUAAGGAAAGAACCCGACCUUGAGUGUACAUAUUUCCCCUGUCACACCUCUUCAUCCGCCGGUUCCUCCCUAUUGCAGCGAGAUGGAGACAGAGAAGGAUGCCAUUGAAGCUCUGGGUUUGGGAGGUCGUCGUUCUCACUGUGACAGUGUUGAGAAAGGGGGCAGAGAGGGAACAGCGGCAGCUGAAGGUGCCAAGCGGCAGGUGGCGCGGCGGCGUGGAACCGAACUCCGGACCUCGCAGGAGAAGGAGAGAUCGCUCUCUCUGGUUUCUGUUCUGGAAACCGGUGGAAGCUCCACCGUCGGUCGAAUGAGAAGAAGAAGGAGGCGCUCUAGUGAGGGGAGAGAAAACCAAGCGGAGAAAUGAAAGAAAAACGAGGUUUGAUGUUAAAUCAAGGUUGAAUCAUUUUAGAAUUGGUCCACUUUAUUAGAGAAAUUCUCAAAAAAGGUGUUAUAGUUUUUAAAAAUUCAUGCCACAGCAUUUUUGCUGAAAACUUUUUCAUAAAGAGGCUUGCGAAAGUAAAUUUCAGCAAAAGUGGGAGAUUUCAUACGAAAUUACGAAUUAGUACCUCCUAGUUCUUAGAAAUUGCCAAAUGAGGGUUUUUGAUAUUUGUUUGUAAUUUUAAUGGAAAACGUAAUGUUAUGCACUAUUGCUCUUUGUUACCCUUAGUUUUAUUUAAAGUUUGAGAAAAAGGCUUUGGAAAUCUCUUGUUUCUAUACAAUUAUUACAAUAUUAUUAUUUGAGAUUUUUUAAUGUCAUAUACUUUGUAUUGAUGCAUGUCUUUUCGACUUUGCCUUGUUGACACUAAAUUAAGUUAGAAAAUGACUUAUUGCUUUUGUUUGGGGAAACCGAGCCUGAGGGCGCUUUCUGUGAGAGGUAAUAGACAAUGUCUAGUGAUGAGAAACCAUCACAUUUGAAAUUCGAAGGCGAAACGAGGACUUUGUGUAAUCGUACAUGCAAUGCGAGCUUGUGUUUUACCCAGUAUUUGGUCUCGUCCCGAGAGGUAGUGGUGCACCUGAGCUCACUAUUGACGCACACUCCUCUGUAUGCACUAGAGGGCCCAGAGGAUAUUGUGCAGCACAAGGGCCCAGGAUUUUGCUGUUUUUGUUGGAGAGCAAGGCGUCUCUUGGUCCCUUACCCCGGGUUCCUAAAGAGAUUCUGCUGCUGCAACGGCAAUCUUGGAUAUCCCAAAAGGCUUCACUGCAGGUUACCAUCGAUCUGUUGGAUCGCCUGGUGAAGAUAUGUUCUGUUCUACCCGUGAGUGGCCACAGAGAUUUCUGUUGUUGCUCGGCACGAUGACCAUGACAUUGUCAGAGAACCACAGUUGGAAGUCUACGAAAUUUUGGAGGUUUUGUACACCUCGUUUCUAUUAAUGAAUAGUAACUGUAAUAUGUAUUAAGAUUUGAAGACAUUUGUUUUACAAAAUCAAAUAUUACUUUGUUGGGUCAUGUUUCAUUCAUGGCUGAAUUUUUUCAUACUCGAAGG